UCCAGAGGCAAACCUAACGGCAGCGAUCAUAACCUUAGAAAACGCGCAUUUUCAGGCCCUCGCCGGCGAUAGCUACGAUUUUUCCAACAUGGCAGCGAACCAUGCUCGGGCGCUCGGUGUUUUUAUCUUUAUAUAUAACACGAAAAGGGCUGUAUAAUCAUCGCAAAAUAUUGCCUGAAGUUUGUGCAAACGGAGUACCUGCGAUCGGUUGCCAAAAUUUGUUUUCGUUGUCUGCAAGUGAUGCAUAUAAGCAGACUACAGCGUUGGCUCAGAAGCCGGGUUGGCGUUUCCGAUGUAGUGAUGAAGUCAACGCUUUCAAUAUUUUGUUCGUGAGGCUGCACUGGAUUUUCUGAGUUUCUGUUUGGUUCCCACCAUUUGAUGAAAGAUGACCAUAGAGAAAAAACGAUACAACCCUCGCUGCUUCUUUGAUGUGCAGAUAGGGGACGAGUCUGCGGGAAGGAUUGUUUUUGAACUGUUUGCAGACGUCUGUCCUAUCACAUGUGAGAACUUCCGGGCCCUUUGCACAGGAGAAUGUGGCACAGGCAAGACAACGGGCAAGCCACUCCACUACAAAGGUGCCAAGUUUCACCGUGUCAUUCGCAGCUUUAUGAUCCAGGGGGGAGACUUCUCUGUUGGUAACGGAAGCGGUGGGGAAUCCAUCUAUGGUGGGACCUUCAAAGAUGAGAGCUUUGAGCUCAAGCAUGAUCAGCCAUACCUGCUGUCCAUGGCCAACCGUGGCAAGGACACUAAUGGGUCGCAGUUCUUCGUGACAACACAGCCAACGCCUCAUCUUGAUGGGGUGCACGUGGUGUUUGGGCACGUGAUCAAGGGUGAGGAUGUGGUGCAGGCCAUUGAGUCCCAGCCUGUCGACGGCAACAGCUGUCCUGUGCAGCCAGUGAUCAUUGCCAACUGCGGCGAGCUUGUGUUAAAGCGCAAGCACAAGGACAAGAAGCACAAGCGAUCAGCAUCCAAUGCACCCAGUACUGGAGCAGAGGAAGGCUCCUCGGGGGAGAAGGCCUCGGAACACAAACACCGCAAGCACCACAAGCAUCACUCCAAAAAGUCCCGCAAGGACAAGUCACACAAACAGGACGCCAGUGUGGACAAGCAGGCAGACAAGGUGGACGACGAUGCUGAGCAGUCCUUUGUCAAGCCUGAGGAGAUACCGGAGGUGCCUGCGAACAACUUUUUGAUGCGGCGUGUGCCUGAUGAGCCAGCACCUAACUUCAUGCAGCAAGGGCGGAGAAUGGGGAGCUUCUACAGCCGUCGUCCUCAGCUCUCCCGCUCAGGCCGCAAGAUCAAAGGCCGGGGCUUCAUGCGUUACCGGACACCAUCACCUGAAGGCAGUCGAUCUGGAAGCGAGACACCACCUCACUGGAGGCAGGCACAGGCACGGAUGCGGCCCCUUCGCGACUACCUCGAGCUACAGGAUGGCGAGGAAGAGGGUGGCCGUGAAGAACAGUUACCUGAGGAGGGAGAGCUCACCAAUCAUACGGAGCAGGCCUCGAAAGAAAAGGAAAAAGAAAACAGGUCACGACGCAGCCCAAGUCCCUCGGAUAAGCGGCGAGAACGACGUGAUAGGAAUGCUGACCGCAAUCACGACAGGAACCAAGACAGGAACCAAGACAGGAACCAAGACAGGAACCAAGACAGGAACCAAGACAGGAACCAAGACAAAAUCAAGACAGAAAUCGCGACCACCACAGGGACCGGCGAGAACGCCGUGAUCGGGACACAAAUCGGCGGUCACCACACCGAAACACCCAGGAUGAAAACCAGCCACUGCCUGGCGGGGACGAGCAGCCACGGCGCAGGCAGCGCAAGUUUGAGGAAGACCCACGGUCCAAGAGGACUUCGAGGGAGGAACGGUCACCAAGAAGACGGUCCCGUUCACCAAGGGAGCGGCAGACCCGGCAGCGGCCAAGUGAGGACAAGAGUGGUGGAAAGUCAUCAGGGUCGAGGCAACACGAUGUCCUGACAACAUCCAACAAGGAGAGGAGCCGAGAAAACAGGGCAAAGUCUCCUCAGAGCCGUGUGUCAUCUUCUGUGAAACCAGCCUCAAAGGGAUCAACAGAGAUGAACCAUCGGGCUGAGAAAUCGGGUGGCGGUGCAGCCGCAUCUGCCGUGAUGGGCCGGCAGACAGCACUUCGGUCGUCUUCCGAGAAAGGAGCA